AUGAAGAACCUCUUGAAAGGUCAAAUACCCGAAGAAUAUCGGUUGGAUUAUGGUAAGACUUUCAGUGAACAGACAGCAAAGAUAUACGAAAAAUUGAUACCUGAAUUAAAGAAGUUGAUGAGUGGACAUUAUAAUCCGUCGUUAAAACACCUAUUACGAAACGUAUUGGACCCUGAAGCAGAAUAUAUUCAACACGCAAAAAAGCAAAGAGAGAGAAUUUAUGAUGAUGACAUGUAUUUUACGUCUAGUGAACCUCUCAAGAAUGCGCCCAAAUGGGCGCUCGAUAAAGCGAAAAUGUACGAAACUGAUGAAACUAAUGAAACAAACGAUAUUAGCGAAUAUGACGUGGCUGAUGAUGUGAUUGAUGAUUUGAUUCAAUCUUAUGAAGAUUGUGAGCCAAUAGAGCCAAAUUUAACGGAACCAUAUUCAGAUUUCUUGUUAAAUUCAGCGGAAAUGAAUUCGAUUAGACCCGAAGAUUUGGAUGAGAUUGGUGAAAGUUCGACGACACAACAAAGAGCCGAAAGGAGUCAAAAAGGCAAAGAAAAAGACACAAAAGAAGCAAAAGAAGACGAGGAAAUUUAUGAAAUCUUUGAAGCCGACAAAUAUAAUUAA